AUGAAGAAUAGUCUCGCGGAGACAACAAAGAGGAGGCUUCCAGACGACGAUGAGGGGACAUCCAAGGUGGAUAAACGAGUUAACCAAGACUACAAGAGAUCGAGGGAUCUGAAUUGCGUUAUAGUAAGGAAUUUACCCAAAAGUUCCAACCAGCACAAAAUAAGGAAGCUAUUCCAGGAUUGUGGUGAGAUUAAGCACAUCGAUGUGUGUGAAUCUGAGGAUAAGACAACCAGGAUAUCUAAAAUAGAAUUUUGCAAUUACGACGAGACUCUAAGUGCGCUAACAAAAACUUUAAAGCAAGUCGGAGCAAAACGUAUUGAGGUCUCGAUCUACAAAGAUAGCACCUUAUGGAUAACAAACUUCCCGCCCGGUUACACUGCAGUAGAUAUAAAACUGCUGUUUUCUGAACUUAACAAAUCUGUCCUUUCUGUAAGGUUACCGUCCUUAAGAUUUAACGCAAACAGACGGUUCGCAUACGUUGAUUUGUUGUGUCCUGAAGAUGCUCAAUAUUGCAUCAGUGCAUUAAAUGGGAAAGAUAUCGAUGGGUACUCCCUUGUAAUAAAGGUUUCGAACCCGUUGGAGAGGACGAAAAGAACAGACGCGGCCGUUGUAGAGAGAAGAGAAAUAUUUGUCAGAAACUUGGAUGCGCAGACGAUCACCGAGGAGCAAUUGAGACUGGCGUUUGCUGGGUUUGGUAGCAUUGAAGGUAUUCGUAUUCCAAAGGGCCCUGAUCAUGAAACAUCCGGGGAUUUGAAGAAUGCCUGUGCAUUCAUAACGUACAAGAUUCACGAGGAGGCCCUUGCUGCUGUAUCAUUGAACAACACUGACCUGAACGGAAGGACUAUAACAGUUGCGCUGGCAGAUCGCAAGUCGUACUUGGAACGGCAGGAAAUCAAACACAUCCUCAACAAUAGCAACAGCGGUAGAUCUCUCAAUAUCUUUUCGUUAUACCCACUGUCAGACAGGGUAUCCAAAGAACAAAUCAGGAUUCUUCUGAAAGAUAGUUGUUCUGUAGAGACAGAGAGCAUAAAAGAUAUAUUCCUUGUCACCGAUUUGAAAGGUGCAUUGGUAGAUUGCAAUGAUGAUAAAGUAGCGGCUAAGUGUAUUAUGAAGCUUGAUAACACAACGUUUCAAAACAAAACUAUCAACUGUGGUUCAGUGAACGACUUGAAAAACAGCGGGAGAGGGAAACCUACUCGUCAUCAAAGACCAGCUCUGUUGGAAGUGAGACCACAGACAGUUACGGAAACGAAAAAUGAAGAGCCAGUCUCUAAGCCCCAGAUGUCCAACGAUGAUUUUAGAAAAAUGUUUCUGGGGAAAUGA